CAAAAUUAAUUUUUAUGAAAACGAACCUUAAGGGAUAGGCUUGAAGUAUAAAACUGAUAAAAUUUAGUGGUAUGUAGCAAAAGUAUAAUAAUAAUUUAAGUAUCGUUAAGUGUUUCAUAUUUUUGGAAUUUAUUAUUAAAAAUUGUAUUUCAUAAAAAUUUUGUUGCCUUUAUCUGUUAUGGAUAUGGUGACCACGAAUUUACAACAACAACGACAAAUCACAGAGCAGCUACGUCGUGAAGCUGCUUUAAAACGAAUUACGGUUAGCAAAGCUGUCGAAGAUAUCAUGAAAUAUAUCACAGAACAUGAACAGGAAGAUUAUCUUUUGGUUGGUUUUUCAUCACAGAAAUCAAAUCCCUUUCGUGAAAGAAGUUACUGUACCAUUUUUUAAACUUGCAUGUUUAAAAUAAAAAGCAAAUUAUUUUAAUUUUUUUCAUUAGAUAUUCAAAUUUUAAUGUUUAAAUUAAUAUAUUAUUGUAAUAUCAUUUAUAUUAUGAAUAUUCAAUAUAUACAUUUAUCAAUUUAAUUUAAUUCAGAUCAUCAUCGUCUUAUUUUUUUUUAUAUAUAAAAAAUAUAUUUUGAUAUUUAUUUUAUAUAAAAAUUAUUUCAAAAUUUAUUUUUGAAGAAUUUCAUUAUUAUAAUUUAAUAUUUCAUUAUUAUAAUUUUAUUGGCCUAUAAAUGUAUCACAAAAUGCGCACAUACAAGUGAUUUUUAACUUGAUGUAUCAAUGUCAUAUUUAUCAUAUAUACAUAUAUAUGAAAAUAAAAUGUUAUUUUGUACAAUGUUGAUCUUAUAAAAUAUAAUAUUUUUUAAAUGAUA